AUGACCGAAUCGACCUCCUGGCAGUGGAUCCUUGUCCUCUCCCUCACCGCUCUUCUCCUCUCCCUGGCCGUGCUCGCCCAGGUCGCCAACCGUUUUGCAAAGGCAUACCGGGAUGCGCCGAGCGAGGUUUCCACCUUCCUGGAUGUCAUCGACAGUUCCAUCGCCGAAAACGAGUCAUACGAUCGCGAUAUCACAAAGCUCCAGCGGGUAGAGGACAAACUCCGGCUAAGCCGGCUCCUGCGGGAUAUUCAGAGAGGGGGAGAUGCGCUGCGAGAGGAAUUGAACGCUUUGGUGGUUGGAGGGGAUGAACCCCACCUGCAAAUCAGUGCUCGCAUGUGGUGGGCGAGCCACCGGUUGAGGCUGGAGGAAAAGGUGCGACGGCUCGAUUUGCUCAGGAUGCGCUUUCUCGUUGUCCAUAUGGGCAUUAUCGCCGGCACGGCAACCGAGGCGGCCACAAAGAAGGAUUCCGGCCCACGGGACCCGGAGAAGUCCGUGGCCGUUCCACUUACACCACGGCCGGGCCUACCAAAAGCCCUGGUCGACGGUAUCAAGUCGAAGCCCCCACUACGGCGAUUGACCGUUCAAACGCCGGGACACCAAGAGAGUCUUGAAGGGACUCAUCGCAAGGGCUGGGCCGGAGUGGUGUUGGAGCUGCAAAAGAGCCCACUUCUCCGGGAAAGGCAUGCAAGUAUCGAGUUGGCCAUGUCACGAUCACCAUGA